CACCCAUCACUCAUGAUUUAAAGGUCUUUUUGAAAUGUUACUCGACUUUUGUUCGCCUCGGCAUAUCCUGUUAUACAAUGUAUAUUUAAAAGAUAACAAGAUAUUGCAAUGAAUCUUGUGAUGUCACUGAUUUUCUUUGUAUAUUUAAAAAAGGUAGUCGUUGACGCCGAUAACCCCCGUUCGUGCUCUGUUUCGUCUGCGACAGUGCAGUUUGUGACGUCAUGUCCUUCAACUGUUCAGGACUACAAGAAAAGGUCAGAAGCUAAAGGUUGCCAUUAUAUAGGCCAAGACUGCACCUCACCAGAUCAAUUUAACUACCACUGUGUUCUCAACAGCUAUGGCAACGCUUCUUUAGAAGUUUGUGCACCAGUGUUAUUCAUAACAGGCUACUGCACAGAAUACAAUGCGGAGGGUAAGGUUAUUCAAGAUCAUUACAACAAGGACUGUACAGAGUAUGUCGAACCUUGUCCAUCUCGUUACAUUUCUACUGAUGGAUAUAAAUAUCAGCAAUGUUUCAUGUCUCAUCCCAAUUCAGCAGAGCUUUCUUCAGAGGAAGGAAGUCUUACCAGAAUCGGGCUGUUAGUGGUAACAUCUUUAAUCCUAAUUUCUGGAAUAAUUUUAACAAUUGUGUGGGAGAGAUUUAAAAAUACAUUCAAGAUAUUUCGGAAAAAAGAAAAUACGGAAAACCCUUUGCCUUCUGUAGAUGAAUUGUCAACAAUGAACAGGCCUUGAGUUACUUGUAAUAUCCUUCACAGACAACUGUCUUUUCUCAUGUUCCUUUAUAAUUUUUUUUUGUUAAACAAGAAAACUUUCUAGUUCGUACCUUGAUAAAAUUGAGAACAUGUCUUUUCAAAGAUCGAAAAAAACAAUAGUACAUUUACAAAAACUAUAUUCUUCAAAGUGAUAUUGUAGAAGUCAAAAAAUAAAACAGAACGUAUACCAACUAUUACUUUAUUACACAUGUUGUUAUCUACAUUUCCAUGCAUCUACAUAAAAAGAAUGAUUUUCAAUUGAUGUAUGUUUUCUACUAAAGAUGAACUAUAUUGAAACUACAUGUAUCUUGUAACUUGUUAGACAUAGUGAAACAUAUUAUAUUGACAUUUGUGCAUGAUAAGUAUUUAGUGUUCAUGCAACUGAAUCCCACAAUCUAUAAAGAAUACUGUUUUAAAUUCUUUCUUAUAAAGCAUGUAAAAAUCUCAAAUAAAAAAAAUUAUAACUGCUUACAUUUGAUCAUCAUUUAAUGUAUAAAAAAAAAUACGUUCUUUUUUUU